AUGGAGGUGCAGUAUGUGGCAGCUGUGCAUGGGGCUGCAGGAUAUGGAGGUGCAGUAUGUGGCAGCUGUGCAUGGGGCUGCAGGAUAUGGAGGUGCAGUAUGUGGCAGCUGUUCAUGGGGCUGCAGGAUAUGGAGGUGCAGUAUGUGGCAGCUGUUCAUGGGGCUGCAGGAUAUGGAGGUGCAGUAUGUGGCAGCUGUGCAUGGGGCUGCAGGAUAUGGAGGUGCAGUAUGUGGCAGCUGUUCAUGGGGCUGCAGGAUAUGGAGGUGCAGUAUGUGGCAGCUGUUCAUGGGGCUGCAGGAUAUGGAGGUGCAGUAUGUGGCAGCUGUUCAUGGGGCUGCAGGAUAUGGAGGUGCAGUAUGUGGCAGCUGUUCAUGGGGCUGCAGGAUAUGGAGGUGCAGUAUGUGGCAGCUGUCAUGGGGCUGCAGGAUAUGGAGGUGCAGUAUGUGGCAGCUGUGCAUGGGGCUGCAGGAUAUGGAGGUGCAGUAUGUGGCAGCUGUGCAUGGGGCUGCAGGAUAUGGAGGUGCAGUAUGUGGCAGCUGUGCAUGGGGCUGCAGGAUAUGGAGGUGCAGUAUGUGGCAGCUGUGCAUGGGGCUGCAGGAUAUGGAGGUGCAGUAUGUGGCAGCUGUCAUGGGUGGCAGCGUGUGCAUGGGGCUGCAGGAUAUGGAGGUGCAGUAUGUGGCAGCUGUGCAUGGGGCUGCAGGAUAUGGAGGUGCAGUAUGUGGCAGCUGUCAUGGGCUGCAUCGUAUGUGGCAGCUGUCAUGGGGCUGCAGGAUAUGGAGGUGCAGUAUGUGGCAGCUGUCAUGGGGCUGCAGGAUAUGGAGGUGCAGUAUGGCAGCUGUUCAUGGGGCUGCAGGAUAUGGAGGUGCAGUAUGUGGCAGCUGUUCAUGGGGCUGCAGGAUAUGGAGGUGCAGUAUGUGGCAGCUGUCAUGGGCUAUGGAGGUUAUGUGGCAUGUCAUGGGGCUGCAGGAUAUGGAGGUGCAGUAUGUGGCAGCUGUGCUGCAGUAUGGAGGUGCAGUAUGUGGCAGCUGUUCAUGGGCUGCUGGAGGAUAUGGAGGUGCAGUAUGGAGGUGGCAGCUGUUCAUGGGGCUGCAGGAGGUGCAUAUGGAGCUGUGGGCUGCAGUAUGGAGUGCAGUAUGUGGCAGCUGUUCAUGGGGCUGCAGGAUAUGGGUGCAGGUGGGGGCAGUAUGUGGCAGCUGUUCAUGGGGCUGCAGGAUAUGGAGGUGCAGUAUGUGGCAGCUGUCAUGGGGCUGCAGGAUAUGGAGGUGCAGUAUGGGCAGUGUCAUGUGGCGUGCAGGAUAUGGAGGUGCAGUAUGUGGCAGCUGUUCAUGGGGCUGCAGGAUAUGGAGUGGUAG